UUUACAGAGUUCUCUUGCAGAGCCGUGGAGUGCACACCGAGCGAACCUUACCUCGACCCUCGAAAAACCUGACUGUCAAACAGCAUUUCAGAAGAGAUACUUACUACUAACAAGAUCAUCACGACUUGGGGAGUUUGAGAGGACGGUUUGAUUUGAAGGCUGUCUCGUGGGGGGUGAGAAAAAGUUUUUUGCAGGCUUCCACUUGCCAAACUUUUGUUCUCUCUCUGGCGAAGGCGAACUCUUUAAACCGACAGAAUGUAUAGCAUGAUGGAAACGGAGAUCAAGAGCCCCCUCCCGCAGACCAACACGGGCACGGGGGUCGGUGGCGGGAAAAACAACAUUUCCAACGAAGAGCGCGUGAAGAGGCCGAUGAACGCCUUCAUGGUGUGGUCGCGCGGGCAGCGGAGGAAGAUGGCUCAGGAGAACCCCAAAAUGCACAACUCCGAGAUCAGCAAGCGGCUCGGUGCCGACUGGAAACUUCUCACCGACGCCGAGAAGAGACCUUUCAUCGACGAGGCCAAGCGUCUGCGGGCACUGCACAUGAAGGAACACCCGGAUUACAAAUACCGUCCCCGCAGAAAGACCAAGACCCUGCUCAAGAAAGACAAGUAUUCCUUGCCCGGGGGACUUUUGGCGCCGGGUGGCAAUGCUGUCAACAGCGCUGUCUCCGUGGGGCAGCGGAUGGACAGCUACGCGCACAUGAACGGCUGGACAAACAGUGCGUACUCCCUCAUGCAGGACCAGCUCAGCUACCCGCAGCACCAUAGCAUGAACAGCCCACAGAUCCAGCAGAUGCACCGGUACGAGAUGACGGGCCUCCAGUACCCCAUGAUGUCCACCGCUCAGACUUACAUGAACGCGGCCUCCACGUACAGCAUGUCCCCGGCGUACACGCAGCAGACCAGCAGUGCCAUGGGCCUGGGCUCCAUGGCGUCGGUGUGCAAGACGGAGCCUAGCUCACCUCCCCCGGCCAUCACCUCUCACUCCCAGCGGGCGUGCUUAGGCGAUCUGAGGGACAUGAUCAGCAUGUAUCUCCCGCCCGGGGGGGACAGCGCGGAACACGCCGGCCUGCAGGCCAGUCGUUUACACAGCGCGCACCCGCACUAUCAGAGUGUGGGGACGGGGGUGAAUGCAACACUACCCCUCACGCACAUCUAAGAACAAACUUACACACACAAAGACUUUUCAAAUACUGGGACAAAAAUGAGUACUUCGGAUACUUGAACACUUUGAUUUUGCAAAAAGAGUCGAGGUUCAAUAGUUUUGUUGUAAAAUAAUGAAAUUAUUUUUAAUCUAAAAAAAAGAACGAGUUGUCCAUUUUAAAAGCAUUUUAAGACCGACAUAUCGUGGAUUUUUUUGAGUGUUGAACCCAACAGAAUAUUGCAUUGCAAAUGAGCUUCUAUCAUGAGCUAUAAGCAAUCAACUUUUGUAGAAGAAUUGGACUUCUAUUCUUUAAUGCCAUCAUGGUUUCUCUCUGUGAAAAAAGGCACGUGGCUUCGUGAUGAGGCUGUUGUAUUUCAGAUUUUAAAAAAGGAGAAAAAAGAAAGGAAAACACUGGAGGGAGAGUCCACCCAUUAAUGUUUACACUUAAUUUGUAGAAUGUCAGUUUCGUCUUCUGUGUCCAAAUCUGUGUAGUCUUAUUUUCAUGAACUAGUUGUUUAUUUUUUGUUUCUUUGAAAGACUGUGCGGGUCGCAAGCGCAAGUUUUAUUUAUAGAAAGUUGUUUUGUGUGUUUUUUUUUCUCCCAUGAAAAAAGCUUGUGGGCCUUUUUAUGCGUCUCGUUGGAAAUGUUUUCAUCUUUUAUUGUUUUGUGAGCAUUUUCUUUUCUGUGAUGUUUUGCGUAUCAGGUGACCCAUUUUCUGGGCUGAGAAGUUUUAUUUAAACUGACGUUUUUACUUAUUUUAAGACCAUCCUCUAUUCUUAAAUGAAUAAAUUUUUACAAAACACGA